AUGCCUUCUAUUACUCCAAUGCAUGUUCCUCAAUUCUCCGACCAGCGUCCUCGGAUUGUCCCUCACCCUCAGGGGCACACCCAAGGAUCGAUGCCAGGUGGAGUCCCGCCCAUGGGACAAUCCGUCGGUGAUGAAGGUCUCGCCAAUCGAAUGGGAAAGCUUCACCUGGACAGUAAUGCUGCCGGAAAAACUCAGGUAGUAGUGGAUCAAGAUUACCCCCCCAGAUAUUCGCAGCCGCUUGACAGCAGUUCCCUGAAUCCUCUCUACGAGAGAUGGGUAUUUUGCCGCUCGGAGCCUGAGAAUGGCCAAAAAGCAUGUUGGAAGGAAAUACCGUGCUCUCAAGCCGCAUUGGAGAAAAAGAUUCGGGACAGUAAGAAGAAAACAUCGGCUAUAGAUCCGUAUCAAGGUCUCGGGAAAUCCCUCCGCGCUCAGGUGAACGACUUGAUCAGCGCCCAUGAAAGACAAGACCCUCGGUUCCAAUGGACUUGCGAAUAUGCGGAACUCAAGAAACAGGAGAUAAGGCCAAAGGGAACCUACCUGGGGGCAGUUAAGACCGUCGAGCUGACUGUCGUGAUUAUGCGCAAGCUACGACCGGAGAUCUCUUUAAAGGCCACAAGCUCUUCAUCAUCGUCGUCUACCAGGAGUCCAUUUAGCAAAGUCGUCAAUGGAACUCUUGAUCCGGAGUCCAAAGGCAACCAGGGAAUACCUGGAAUGAGCGCACAGUUUGGACGCAGUCCAGUUCAAGGCGCCUUUCCAGCUUCUAUGGCUUCUACAGGUCAACACCCGCAGGGGCCAACCCCACAGGCUCAGCAACAACAAACCCAGCAUCCACAGGCCCAGCAUCCACAGGUUCAACAUCCACAAGCUCAAUUCCCACAAGGCCAAUACCCACAGAGUCAACAACCAUUCUACAGACCUGGUCAAGACUUCAUGAUGGGAGGACAGAGACCGACCAUGGGAACCAUGCCACCGCAGCAGAAGGCACACUUUGGUGGCCAACCUGCGAUGAUGUCCGAUCGCGUGGGCUCUGCUAAUCCCAAAGGGUCUGUGGGCGUCGAAACCUGGGAGGAAAAGACACCCUUGCAUUCGCGAGAUGCUGCUGGGCAUGCGUCGGCACAAUCGUCUGGCUAUACAAACACGCCGUUUACAACCUUCGCUCAGCGACCUCGGAAGCCCCAGGCCAACAUGGGCGCGCCCAAGGUUUUCCAACAGGGCCGCCACAGUCCCAAAUCUCCCAAAAUACCCGCACCGGAGCCAAACUUCACCCCGGACACCAGCAGCGUGGAGGACGAUGACGACUCUCUGCGGUUCGAAGAUGAUGAGGAUAGUUCAGCUACCGAAGACCUGCCAGAGGAUAACUUUGAGAGACCAAAGUAUCCUCGAGGAAGUCUACACCCUCAACGCCGACAUUCGAAACAGGGGAAAGACGGGCCGUCGUACCGCAAUCGCUAUCGGAGGCAGUCCCAAAAGAUCAGUGGGGGCCGUCAGCAUCGUUAUUCCGACGAUUACGUUGAUAUCAUUCCGGGGAGUAGCCUGCGGGCGCGUCGGGAGCCAGACAGGAGAAACCAUUAUUAUUCCAAUCGGCGUGGUCGUCCCAGGGUGAUUCAUGAUGACUUGGGCUCGAUUCCUGACAAUGACAUUACGGAUCUUGACGAGAAGAUUCGCGAACGGGAACGAGAAAGAGAUUAUGAAUUUUGGUUAGAACAGCAGCUCCGUGCUCGGGACCAUAUGAUUAAAACGCGCCUGUUGGAAGAGAGUCGCCGGCGCCGUGAUGAACUGCUGAGGGAAGAGGGCCUCAGACGCGAGGCCCUUGCGUAUGGAAAAGCUUUUCUCCUUAACCGUAGGCACUCGCAUCGCGUGCCGCGUCCUCUCCGUCAUGACUUGGACUAUGACUUGGACUACUUGGCUCGAGAUGAUCUUGUCCUGCUAUAG